AUGUUCCAGAAGUUCGAUGCACUCAAGACUGCUCCACCACCACCACCGUCGACCACGACCACAACCGAGGCUCCAACACCUCCACCGAGUCCAUCACCAAUUGUCGAAUUAGCUUCAGCCCCCCAAACGGCGCCGGAGCCCCAAGUAUCGCCAGCGGUUGACCCGAACCUCGACUCGAUCAAAGAACUGAAGGAUAGACUCCUAUCGGCCAUCAGGUCAAACCCUGAGGCUGCAGCUGUGGCAGCAGCCGCCAUCAGAGACGCCGCAAAGGCGUCUUCCAGGUCUGGUGCAACUGGCACAAGCGCUUCGGCACUCGAAGCAUUGUCAAGCUUGUCCGGACUCCGAGGCGGAAACCGGGUUAAGCGACGGGCUAAACGUCAAACUAUGCCUCCAACAGAAACAAAGCCGAACUAUUCUAUUGAUUUCACUGGUAAUCCAUUGAAUUGCAACUGCGAGCUCAAAUGGCUGUUCGACUUCGGUUAUAAGUAUUCGGAUCAGUUCUUCGGUCUGGCGUGCGGUGGAGAGUGUGACACGACUAUAGUCGACGUUGGGGUGGCGUCUGUGAGGCAAAGCGGGAAGAGCAAGCAGGCAAGCAAGCGUUGCUCAAAUGAGAAUAGACCUCCGGGUCGCUAA